UUGACGUCCCCCAAAUUGAUUACCAAGGCACACGCCAUGCAACGUUAGCCUGCUGCAACACGCUGCCGAUAAUCUACAAUAAUUUUCGCUUCUCGCGUUCGUCGAGGCGUUACCGGCUAUCUCUCUCCCUACGGUAUAAAAACUGACGCCGCUCGAAUUUCGAGUACGCAGAGAUAGACACGGCUGGUAAAACAAAUUCACCAAAAAUUGUCAAUACGAUAUUGCCACCUACUAUACGCUUCUCUGAAACGAAAGAAAAAACGCAUUCGAACGCACGGGGACGCUAUGGGGUGGAUGAAAAAACUAGAAAAGAGAACGGGUGGUCCUUUUGAAGAGGCCAGAUUCGUAUAUCCCAUUUUGAUAACCGUGGACCAGCAGCGCGCAGGUUUCGGAGGAUAGAAGCGAGAGAGAGGUGAGAGAAACAAGAAACGUAGCCAUGCAGAGUUUACGCCAGUAGCGUCGCGACGCUCCGUCAGUACUCGUUCGCAUUCGCCCCCCGUACUUCGUCGCCUAUCGUGUCGUUUUUUACCUGUUGCGGAGAACCACCACCUUAUCGUGCUCGCAAAGAUUACACAUUAUACGGCGGAUUGAUAAACGAAAGAAUUAUUCGAUGUACCGAAAACUUUUUUUAAAUCUACGUCACUGCGUAACACCCUUCGAGAUAUUCUUUUAAAAAAAAUUUCCCGCGGGAUCAACGGCGAGAUAAGCCCGACCGCGUCUUCGAUGUAAUUAAAAUUUUCAAUCCGUGAUUCGUUUUUUGCUAUUUCUUUUUCUUUGACGAUCGUUGAGCUUUUUUCAUCCAAUCGAGAAAUCGUAUUACGCUUCGAAAGCUUUUGAUAUUGUUUUUUCGGAGACGCGUGUAUCGAAACCGGUGCUUGAAUACCCUCUGUAAUAUGUCUGAUUAGUCGCGACACGCGAUAUUCCGAGAUCGUCUUUCGGUAAGUAAUUACCACCGAAGCAAAGUAAUAUCGAAGUGUGCUCGAGGAAAGAUCAGCGAAUGACGAUUGGUUUACAAUCGAAUUUCACCGUAAUCGUAGCGGGUAACGCGGCGUAGCUACGGAACUGAGGGAGGUCAUCGAAGGUGGAUGAUUUAAUCGGUUACCCGGAACUCGAUCACGAGUGUGUCGCAAUACAGAUAAAGCAGUAGGGAGUUUAAAAGCUGUUGUUAUAACUAAACGAUCAUGUAAUCGAUAAAAAGUGCAAUCGUCUCGUGUGUCAAUUUCUACCCAUGCCAGCGAAAAUACACCGAUAAAGUUUCGUUUUUUUACGGUUUCACCGUCAGUUUUUACCGCCGCUUCCUCGGCAAGAAAUUGCGGUAUACCUCGAGACUUUGAAGUGAUUUUUCUACUACAUGGAAAAACUGGAAGGACGUAGAAAAGCGACGUUGGAGAAACGGCCGGAAACUGAUUGCCCCAGUCUCGAGGGGUAACAUUUUACCAUGCAAUGCCAUCCGACCUUCGUCCUCAAUAAUUCAAUCUCUCGAAUCCCAGCGGUAUAUGCAACGGUGAAGAAAAGAGGUGCAGGAAGUCCAGAAAACUUGGAAACUAGAAAAACCAUAGACACCCGUACGAGGACUACUUCGGAACCCUUAGUAUCACAAGGAGGUUCGACUUCCUCGAUCCGUUCUCAGUUAUGCCGAGGGUCGGAUUGAGCGCAGGAGAUUUCGAUAACUGCAAGGAUCUUGUACGGGAAUGUGAUGCUUAACGUGGCGGAAUUGGACUCGGGUGCGAAUCAGCUGAACGCAUCCUUGCUUUACCUCAAACAGCUGCUGCACGACGUGACAGUCAUGAAUCGUCACGAGAAUAUGUCGGAUUUAUUCAAAAAGCUCAACAUAACCGAAGAGGAUAUCGACUACAUGAACAAUUUCAGUUUUCCAAAUUUACCGACGAUCCACACCACGUCUUCGUCCGUCGACAACAACCCCGAAAAAUUUUGCUACUGUAACGGAGUGGUGCGUGAUUUCGCGUUGUCGUACAAGGUCUACCACGGCUACGUUGCCCUGAUAGUUUGCAUAUUCGGCACCAUAGCGAACAUGCUCAACAUCGUCGUACUCACGCGUAAGGACAUGGUAUCCGCGCCCAUAAAUCGUAUACUCACGGGACUCGCCACCGCCGAUAUGCUCGUCAUGUUCGAAUACGUUCCAUUCGCUGUUUACGAAUACCUCAUACUGCCGGAGAAGCAAGUAUUCCCUUACGGGUGGGCGGUAUUCGUACUUUUUCACAUGCACUUCGCUCAGGCUCUUCACACCAUCAGCAUUGGACUCACCCUGACACUUGCAGUUUGGAGGUACAUCGCCAUAAGGUUUCCACAACACAAUCAUUCCUGGUGCACGGCGGCUAGAUGUAGAGUUGCACUUUGGAGCAGCCUGCUAGCACCCCUUGUUGCCUGCGCUCCGAGCUAUCUGGUCUUCGGGAUCAGAGAAGAAAGGUUCGAGGAGAAUGGGCAGGUAGAGAUUCUCUACUACGUCGAUGCCAUGGACGCGAAUUCAACGGGGAAGGGUUUUCUCUACCAACUGAACUUUUGGGUUCUGGCAGUCGUUGUGAAGCUUCUGCCAUGCCUGAUUCUGACCGUAAUUAGUUGCUGGCUAAUCAAAGCUCUUUACAGGGCGAAAGGACGGAAGCAGGCACUGAGGGAUUACAACCCUUGCGCUGUAAAUUCGAUGAAAAAUGGAGGCUCGCGGAGAGCGAGCAAGUCGGAAAGACGGACGGACAGGACGACGAGAAUGCUCGUGGCUGUCCUCCUUCUAUUCCUCGUAACCGAAUUUCCGCAGGGAAUACUUGGACUUCUUUCCGGAGUCCUGGGAGACUGCUUCUUCAGGAAUUGCUACCACAAUUUCGGGGAAAUUAUGGAUAUCCUCGCGCUCCUUAACGGCGCUAUUAAUUUCAUCCUCUACUGCUCGAUGUCGAGACAGUUCCGGACGACGUUUGGUCAGCUGUUCAAACCUAGGAUAAUGAAAAAAUGGCAUCCGGCCACGCAGCAAACCGAUAUUCAGAGUACCUAUGUAUGAUACAGGAGUCCAAAGGCUACCGUUCAAUUCAAAUGUUUUUAAAUCAUCGUUUUAUUCGAUGUGCAAAACUCCCACCGACUGAUAUCACCCCGGUCCCGGAAUGAUAUGUUCAUCUCCAGUUCCGAGAUAUCUUCCAGUUGUUAAUGGGAAAAAGUGACAUGCUUCGCCCGGGGAUAUAAUUCUUACGUUUGGGGUGGGUCUGUUUGAUUAAUUGAGCGGAAGGAAAUUACGCGAAUUGACUGUAGGAUUUCGCAUUGCACACGAACAACUUUUGAAAUUACGUUCUACGGCGGAU